GUAGCCCCGUAAAUCAUAAUAUUAUUCAUCUAUUGAGGCACCGUACGUCGUGAGUCGAUGUGCAUUGUGUAAUAGACAAUAUCGAUAAUCGAUAACUCAUCGCUGAACGGAUGAAAUCGUCUAUUAUGCGUCUCUAAACGUAUGGCCAACGAUGGGCGAGCUUAAAUAGCCGAGUUUUGUCGAACUCGGCAAGUCGUCGUACCGCGGUCCCGUGUCUCUCCGUUAUCACUUUCGAGUGUCUGCGGUGUUCACGACAAUAAUAUUAUUGUGUUUGGCAUUUUACAAUUUCGCCUAAUAAUCAGUUUUUUUUUACCACACGACCUACCCGGUUCGGAUCGUUGACCCCCAGCUGCGGGUCUUGUGUUUUUCUUUAAUUCAUUUCAAUCUUGUAACACCUAAUUGGACGCGUGAAUUUCGACGGGUCGGUUUGGCCACCGGGUACCGAUAUUAUUAUUGGGUUUUUCGAUAACAUUUCAUGCAGCCUGCCAGGCCGGGCGAUGAUCGACUGUAGACGACGAUGCGAACAAUGGAUGAAUUAAUGGUCAACAGACAGAUUUAGCUUUCUGUUGAAUCAUCUGAUACACUGCUGCGACUGUACUUGGUCGUUCUUACUUCUCGCUUUGCAAAUUGUACUUUUAGGGUUGACACUCAAACCUUAACUAUGCCGUCCGAAGACAUUUUUGAACUCUACAGUCCUCUAAAGCAGACCGAUGAGAAAAAACCUUUACCGCCCAAUAACAUAUCAGACAAAUUAAUUGACUCGGAGACAGUUGAAAGACACAAAACUAUUAUAUUAACUGUUGUUUCACGAGCCGCUGAAGCAGCCAGUGUAAUACUUGACCAAACUGGUAUAAUCCAGGUUGUAACAAUUGGACCAAACUAUUUGCGUGUACUUUAUGACGUAAAUCAAACUAGUUUCUCAAUAUUUGUCGAAGUUUUAAAAAAAAUGGGCUAUCUAGUGUCAUUUGAGCCAGAAAAACAAACUGAGGUCACUAUACAAGUGGAAGGCAUGAAAUGUAAUUCAUGUGUAAAAAAAAUUGAAGGCUGUGUUCGAGAAAAAAAUGGCGUUUUUAGCAUUCAAGUGAAUCUUGAACAAAAAUGUGCUAAUGUUGUAUACGAUUCUAAUGCCAUAUCAGUUUUUGAACUCCAAUCAAUAAUUGCAGAAUUGGGUUUCACAGUACCAAUUCAUCAGACUACAACUGUGAUAAAAGUUGAUGGAAUGUCUUGCAAGAAUUGCGUGCGAAACAUAGAAAGUAAAAUUGGAGCGUUGAAUGGAGUUGUAUCAGUAUCUGUUAGUUUGGAACAAAAAGAAGCAACUAUUGUCCAUCGCCCCGGGGACAUAAAUGAUUCACAAUUAGCAUCAGCCAUAUCAAAUUUGUCUACAAAAUUUAAAGUUUCUUUGAAUAAUCAAAAAAUUGAAGCACCCAGUAAUGUGUUUAGUAUGUUUGUUCCUGAGGAUGAAUACAGUAAAACAUACCUGAACAUCAAAGGCAUGACAUGUGCAUCUUGUGUUAUUGCUAUUGAGAAACACUGUCUUAAAAUUAAAGGUGUUAAGAGUGUAUUAGUUGCACUAAUGGCCGCAAAAGCUGAAGUUCAAUAUGACCCUGCAUUAGUGCAACCAGAAGAUGUGGCUAAUUCAGUUACUGAUUUAGGCUUUCCUUGUAAUGUAUUGGCUGACACAAAUUCACGUAUUACUCAAACUGAAUUUAGAAUUGGAGGUAUGACGUGUUCAUCUUGUGUAAACAAAAUUGAAUCAAAUUUAAUAAAACUGAAAGGAGUACAAACAGCUAUAGUGGCACUCACAACUCAAAAAGGAGUAAUUACUUACGAUUGUGAUCUAAUUAGUCCACGAGAUAUUGCUGACCAUAUUGUUAGCCUAGGAUUUACUGCUGACCUGGUGAAUAAUAAAGAUAGAGGGGAUCGCAGUUAUUUGAAUCAUAGUGAAGAAAUAAAAAAAUGGCGUAAUUCAUUUUUUGUAUCAUUAUUGUUUGGUGGUCCAUGCAUGAUUGCUAUGACCUAUUUCAUGAUGGGUAUGACAUUCAACUUUAUUGAUCAUUCUUCUAUGUGCUGUGUGAUUCCUGGGCUUUCGCUUGAAAAUUUGAUUAUGUUUCUUUUAUCUACUCCAGUUCAGUUUAUUGGAGGUUGGCAUUUUCAUGUACAAGCUUGGAAAGCCAUACGCCAUUAUACCACCAAUAUGGAUGUCCUUGUAUCAGUAGCUACUACCAUUUCUUAUGUAUACUCAGUCAUUGUUGUACUCAUCGCAAUCACUGAAACGCCAGCUAAACAUACUAGUCCAAUGACUUUCUUUGAUACACCGCCUAUGUUAUUUGUGUUUAUAUCCCUUGGUCGAUGGAUGGAGCAUAUUGCUAAGGGGAAAACGUCUGAAGCCCUUUCCAAAUUGUUGUCCUUAAAAGCUACAGAUGCUCUGUUGGUGACCAUUACUGAUGACUUCCAAAUAUUAACUGAAAAAGAAAUUAAUGUUGACCUAGUUAAACGAGGAGAUAUUCUUAAGGUAUUACCUAGUACAAAAGUUCCGGUUGAUGGAAAAGUUAUUCAUGGGCGAUCAGCAUGUGAUGAAUCUUUGAUUACUGGAGAGUCUAUGCCAGUUAACAAAAAGCCAAGUAGCUUAAUAAUAGGAGGUUCAUUAAAUCAGACAGCUCCUCUACUGAUGGUCGCUACUUAUACAGGAGAAGCAACUAUGUUAGCUCAAAUUGUACGACUAGUUGAGCAAGCUCAAACAUCUAAAGCUCCAAUUCAACAAUUUGCUGAUCGUAUUGCUGGUUAUUUUGUUCCAGCCGUAGUAGCAAUAUCCACUAUCACACUUGUAUCGUGGCUUUUCAUUGGUCGCUAUUAUACUAAAUAUCUACCUAUUUCAGAUAAUGAAAAAUAUGGUCCAGACGGAUGGGAAAAUGCUAUUCAAUACUCAUUUAGAUGUGCAUUGAGUGUUCUGGCCAUUGCUUGUCCGUGUGCACUAGGUUUGGCCACUCCAACAGCUGUUAUGGUUGGGACUGGUAUUGGUGCUCUUAAUGGUAUACUGAUAAAAGGUGCCGACGCUUUAGAAAAUGCUCAUAAAGUCAAAUAUGUUGUGUUUGAUAAAACUGGUACUAUAACAUAUGGAAAGCCCACUGUAUCAAGGAUUUGUCUAUUUGUAGACGACAUGAUCUGUUCGCUCAGUCUAUUAUUGUCCAUAGUUGCUAACGCUGAAGUUAGUAGUGAACAUCCUUUAGCUUCCGCGUUGGUGAAAUUUAUAAAAGAAAUGUUUAAAUGUGAGAUAUCUGGAAAAUGUGAACGUUUUCAAUCUGUUGCUGGAUGCGGUAUUAAAUGUGUGGUGUCUCAUAUUGAUGACUUAUUCAAAAAUGGAACUAAAUCAGAUUUCAUUAUGAACUACCAAAACCAUAUAAGAAGUGGAACGAAAGAAUCAUCAUUUGAAUUUAACAACAUAAUUGUUGAACUGGUUUUAGGAAAACCACCUACUCAAGUUCAAUCAAUACAAUUACAUAAAUUAUUAGAUAUUAAUGAAGAGAAAAAACCAAAUGAAACAAAAUAUGAAGUAUUAAUUGGAAAUCGUGAAUGGAUGUUUAGAAAUGGUGUUAAUUUAUCAAAAGAAGUUAAUUUUAAAAUGAUCAGUGAAGAAACCCUAGGCCAUACAGCAAUCAUGUGUGCCAUUAAUGGUUUGUUGGUAGCAACAAUCAGCGUAUCAGAUAUGGUUAAACCUGAAGCUCAUCUAGCUGUUUAUACGUUGAUGAAGCGUGGCUAUCAAGUGAUGUUAUUGACAGGAGACAAUAGAAAAACAGCCAGCGCAGUAGCAAAACAAGUAGGAAUACAAAGGGUGUUUGCUGAAGUAUUGCCGUCACAUAAAGUAGCCAAGAUCAGAGCUCUACAGGAGAAAGGUAUAAGAGUAGCAAUGGUUGGUGAUGGAGUUAAUGACUCUCCGGCUCUAGCACAAGCAAAUGUUGGUAUUGCUAUUUCUUCAGGCACAGAUGUGGCUGUUGAAGCUGCAGAUGUAGUCCUAAUGAGAAAUGAUCUUCUAGAUGUUGUCAGUUGUUUUGACUUGUCCAAUAAAACCGUCCGACGAAUUCGACUUAACUUUUUAUUUGCUAGUAUGUAUAAUUUAAUUGGUAUACCAAUUGCUGCGGGCGUGUUUAGUCCUUUAGGCAUCACAUUACAACCAUGGAUGGCAGCAGCUGCAAUGGCAUUAAGUUCGGUGUCUGUUGUUGGAUCUUCACUUUUACUUAAGAUCUAUAAAAAACCAACUUCAGCCACUUUAACUACCCCAGAAUAUUUGUCAAGAUCUCAAACUGAACUUGAUACAAUUUCCUUGCAUAGAGGAUUAGACGAUAUCGAACCAUCAAUUAUGAUAAGAGCGUCGACUUCUUCUACAAUAUCUAAGUUAUUGAUGGGAAAAACAACUGUUUCUGAAGCUGAAAAUCAAUUGUUAAACUCCUACGAAGACACGGAAGACCACGAUAUAGGAAAUUAUGUUGAAAGAACGAAGAGCAUAAAUGCUUGAGACUAUAACCAAUUGUAUUUGAUACAUGUAUUGUGUUAAAUGCAUUUAAACAUGACCAAUAGCAUUUUGUGAAUAAGUUAAGUCUUCCUUUUUUUUACAUAAUUAUACAAUUUUAAAUUUAUUUUUAUUAAAUUUUUUUAAUAAUCUUGUUUUUGUAUGCAUUUUUUAAAAAAAUAAUCAAUAAGUUCUAUACAAUAGAAUUCUAUUAUAUAUAUUUUUGUUAAAUUUUUUUUUUUUUCAUAAUUAUAUAAUUAUAAUAUUUAUGUUGUAACACUUUACUUAUACUCCUACCAUAUACCAUGUUAUACGAUUUUUUUUUAUGCUUACAAGACUUAAAUAGAUAUUGUUAUAUUUAUUCUUAAUAUGUUAUUUAUUAUUCAAAUUAAUGGUUACCAUUGUUUUGUAUAACAGUAUUUCUAUGUUGAAAUGUGUAAAUCUAUCUUUAAAAUAAUAUACAUAAGAAAUAUAAACUCAUUUUGAAUAUUA